CUUCACUUUCAUCGAUGAACCCGCGUCUCGCGCUAGUGGGCUCCUUCUACUUCUAGAAGCAACUUGCAACUCUGCAAUCUCUCGACCGCGCGCCACACCUGCACAUAGCAGUGCGACAUUAGUCACGAACUUCGCAAGAGCGCAACGAUGCCUGCACUGACGAGUGCCAUCGCAAUGCCAGACGAGGAGCACGACAGUGACAAAGUACCAGAUGACCUGGAAGGCGAAGAGGAGAGCUACAACAUGUUCACAACCCCAACAGCAGAAACCUAUGCACACCUCCCAAAGCCCAUCCGCGACAACAUCAACUUCUGCAUCCAAGCCAUUCAGACCAGCUACUCCGAGUAUCAAGACGCCAUCGGGACCAUCAACACCGCAUUCGACGCCCAGAAACUCUCCCUAGAUGAACAGCACGCCAGAGCCAAAGCCCAAGAAGCCGCCUUCGAAAAGAGAAAAGCGCUCUGCAUCGGCUUGCCUACGAACCAGGUCGUCAACCCAGUUCAUAAUGCGCUGCUUGCGGAACAUGCGCAUGAGCGAGUGCUCAACGCGGAUACGUUCAGGGCGGUCAAGAUGGGGAAGGUGGAUAUGAGAGCUGCGCAGGUUGAGGGACUGGCCAAAGCUAAAGAGGUGUAUCUGAGGCAGCGGAGGGCAUUCAUGAAGUUGAUUGAAGGCUGGAUUGAUAUGGCGGAGAAGACGGCGCUUGAGCGAAGAGUCGCUGAGCAGGAAAGUCGAGCUACUGGUCUGUCGGCAGCUGUCAGGUCGCCUGCUCCGGCAUCUUACUCUCAGACCGCAGCGCGUGCACCUCCAAUUACCACGUCGUUUCACACUCAGAUCGACAACAGUGCAGCAUUGGCGGGUCUGAACAACCGCAGUGGUUUGAUGGGUGAGCUGAGAAACUCACCUGUUUGUUGAUCUCUCUUCAGACUUGAAACAGUGACUGACUUCUGGGUUUAGGGCGCUUCGGCCGCUACCUCUACAGCUAUGAAUAUCUCCGUGGACCAGCGUCGUCAAAUCAAAGUCAUCAUCAAGGCAGCUAUCCGCCGCUGUAAAGCCGAGAGGUCGCUUAAUCUAGCCCGACUCAAGCAAGAGACUACCGAUGCGAUUGAUCGUCGGCAUGCUGA